GGGACUAAAUAUUCCUAGGAAUAUAUUGAUUUUAUAAAAAAUUUAUAUUAAAAACCCUAAAUACUUACACAUGAUGUUUAACAUUAUGGAGAAUUAAUAUCAAGUUGAUUAAAUAAACAUUCCGGCAUUUUUAUUUAUAAAACUACCAGCAUUUUACAGCAGUGAAGAUUAUCUGUACAAAUAUAUAUAAAUUUCUAAACAAUAGUAAAUAUGAGGCGUUUAGACUCUAAGGAGAAUUGGGGUGCUGAUAAACUUGAAGCUGAAUUACAAGCAGCAAGAGAUGGACUACGCGAAUUAGAACGCGAUAUUCGUAAAAUAUUGGGUCGGGAUUUACCAGAUACGGAAAAUGGAUUAAAUCAACAAUCUGUAAGGGUCGGACAAAAAAGAAUAGUUCAAGAUGACCGUAAAAGAAAUUUAACAGACUACACGAGCAAUAAUGAUCAUCAUCAUUCAAGUGGUGGGAAACGUAGUCGUUGGCAGUCACAGUCAUUAUCAUCACCACCGACAUCAACUCCCGGUGAACCUAAAACAGUUUUUAGUCGAUUGAGUGCACGUGUACCAUCAACAGCAGAUGACAGUGAUAAUGAUGAUGACAAUCCUAUGAAACCAGCGGUAUCCUCACGUGUGAUAGCAACUCCACGUGAAAUACCAUCCCGGCAAGAAGUUAUCAGACGUGAACGUGUCGAUGAACGCAGUCGGCAAAGGAAUAAACGUAUGUUUGGUGCCUUGUUGGGCACUUUGCAAAAAUUUCGUCAAGAAGAAACUAAACUGAAAGCUAAAGAAGAUAAAAAAGCAGAAGUUGAAGCACGUGUUGAGGAGGCCAAGAGACGUGAAAAAGAAGAACUUAAACGCGAACGACAGCAAUUAUUUUUGUCACGAAAGCGGCAAUUGGCUGAAGUUAAAGCUCUGGAAUCAAAAUUAGCUCGCAGUAAGCAAUUUCAAAUUUGGAAAAAUGCUCAGUUGCCGUUGGCGUCAUUCAUUAAAACACAAGCAACACCUGCUAUUUAUUAUCUGCCCAAGCGGAAGCAUCCAAAGACUGAUACUUUGCUUGAACAAUGCGCUAAAGAACUUCACGCGGAAGUUGAACGAAGAGAAAAAUCAUUGGCAGAAGAAAUAGAAGCAAUUGAGUCUCAAAUAAAUGCAAAUAAACAAAAUCAAAGUAUCGAUAAGUCCGAGGCCAUGGAAAUAAAUGAGAUUCAAAUAAUGGAAGACGGUGAAGAAAAUCGUGAUCCUAAUCCUGAAAUAAAUGAUAAAGUAAACGAUAAUGACAGUUCGCCAAUCGGAAUAAAAAGUGAAUUUCAAGAUACCAAUGAGGAUAAUUUAAAAAAUGACCAUAUCGAAGUAACUAAAGCUAAAAAAAUUGAUGAAAGUAAUGAAGAUGAAGUAAAUAAAAAUUAUGGUUAAAAAAUAUUAUUUUUCUAAUAACUGUAUAUAUUUAAUAAAUAUAGUAAAAAUAGAAAAAAAAAAGUAAUGUAUUAUAAAAUUGAAAUUGAAUAAUUAAUUUUAAAAUUUUAUUCUCUAAUAAAAUGAAUUUUUUUUUAAUUUUAAGAAAAAAAUAAUAAUUUGAGGCAUCUUGGAAGUA